GGUAAUACUGCUGCCAUCACUAUUUUAGCACACACCGCGUAAAAGUGACGCCGAUUUCAAUUUUCAACGAAUUACAAAAAGUGUGACUAAAAACCAGGAUACGAUGGCUGACGUGGACGAUUUUGAUUCGCUGUCCAAUGCCGAGUUGCGCGUUAAGAUGCUGGCCCAGGGGCUGCCCAACAUCCCCGUGACGGACAGCAGCCGCAAGGUGCUAGUAAAGCGUCUGCGCGCCUCCAUUGGCGGCCAGGCAUCACCAGCCGCCAGUCCCAAGAAGAGUAACAGGCGGGAGACCCUGGCUCCCGCAGCUACGGCUCCAUCUGCGCCGGCGGCAGCCUCCACGCCGGUGGACAAACUGGAUGGCAACAAGGUGGCGCCCGCCACAAAGGCUCGCCGCACGAUUACCGCUGCAGAGGCCAGGGAACCAGAGCGUCGACGUCUCGAGGAUGCCGAGCGCCGUCGUCCUGUGGAGGAGCCUGUGGCCGCCAGAAAGCCCACAACUGCGGCUGCUCAACCCAUACAGACCCGGCGCACUUCCACCACUUCUUCGGCGCCUGAAAGAAAAGUAGUGGAGCCCUUGAGAAAGCCACAAACCAUUGUCGAGGAAGUGGCUUCGUCGAAGCGCGUUGAUCGGGAGGAGAAAUACCUUAAGGUCAACUCCCUAAUUGUCCUGGAGUCUGAUGAGGAAGAGGACGAGCAGCUGGUCCACGCUGCAGAUCUGGUGGAGCAAGAGCACGCGGCAAGGCAGAAGCCCGCGAAGCUCGCAAGCAGCGGGAGUACUACUUACGAGUACAAAAGCAAGCUUGUGGAACCUCCACGCCGACAGGUCUAUGAAGCCACAGCAGCUCCUGUGCUGCCUCCAUCUGUGCCAUCUGCCAGAGCGCAGGCCACUAGUUCCACUAGGUCCUAUGAAGCCACAGCAGCUCCUGUGCUGCCUCUAUCUGUGCCAUCUGCCAGAGCGCAGGCCACCAGUUCCACUAGGUCCUAUGACUAUGCGAGCAACCCAGCCCCCGGUCGCUAUAGCAGUUUUGUGCGUACUGCAUCCCAAGGCUAUGUGACUGCCGAGGCUCCACCGGUGGCCUCAUCCUACUCAUCCAGCUAUAAGCGUACCUAUGCCAACGAGUUGAGCGACGACAAUGAGGCGGAGGAAGACCAGUACGAAAGCACCUUUGCCAGGAAUCUAGCUCGUUUGAGAGCCGAACGUAUUGGAGAUCGCAGCAGCCCGUAUUCCAGACGCACUCUGGCCAGUGGCAACGUAGGUAGCGGUUCUGUGGGCUAUGAGCCUCUGGCCAGACGCUCUUUGCGUCCAGAUGACAACAGCGUAUCCGUGGCCUUCAAUCGUUGGUGGAACAGCCUGGAGCAGAAGUACCACAUCAAGUCGAAGGUGUUCAUUCUACUCGUCGUCCUUGUGUUAAUCGGCGUUUAUUGGAUCUUUUACUGACCUGCAUCAUUGUUCUUAUUUCGAAUAUGUAAUCUAGUUUGUAUAUCAUGUUGGAUUUGUUUUGUAAACAAGCCCGCCACUGCGGUCUUUGUAUGAAUCUUGUUUCUUGAUGUAACUUGAGCUUGAGAUUGACUAGCAUUUAAGCUGCAUGUUAUCCGUGUUCAAAUAAAGCCCACUUGCAGGGAAUCGCCACAGUUUAA